AGGGCGCGAUGGAUGAGCUGACAGCAUGGGUCGGUGUGGAGGGUCUGAGGUCCCAAAGGCACGUGGCGUCGCAAGAUGAUUAAUUUAUAAUAGGAUUGUUAUAUACCUUCUGAUGAUAUCAGGUCAUGUUGGUUCUGAGUUGGUGUGAAGAGACGAGCAAUCGUAGAUAGGAUCGCAGCUCUGGUAAUCACGCAAGGGUUCUAGACUCCUUCGCCGACGGUUCCUAAGCUAUAUACACCUUGCCUUGUCCAAGACGCUUCGAGGAGUUGGACGCUCGUCAAGGUCAUCCUGCACUACGACUGCUAAGACUCCGAAGCUUUCUAGUAUCAUUCCUACUCAAAUACCAAGCUUCGCGGCCCGGAUACCAUGGCCUCGGCUAAGAAUCCCAAGCACUCAGUGCGCAAGUCCCGGCAAUCUCCCCUGCCAACCAUCAAGUUUCGCUCGUCGUGCGAUGCAUGCACAGAGGCAAAGGUCAGAUGCGACAAACAACGCCCGCAAUGCAGUCGCUGUGCUCGUAUGGAAACUAGCUGUCGUUACAGCGUUUCCCUGCGCACUGGGAAGCCGGCGUGCGACUUGAUCAAAGCUCUCAACGGGGGCGUGUUGACGAUGCCUGCUGCUACGCAUACUCCGCCACACGAUACUGACACCUUAACCAUGGCUGACCUUUUCCCGCGUGUCACUUCCUGUCAAUCCUUUCAGAGCGCGCUACAGACACCCCAAGACAUAUCGUCGUCGGAUACAAGCAAGUGUUCGGCUCCGUCUACGUCUGGCUCAGAUUCGUCUCCGGCGCCGAUGGGACCAUUUCCUCCGACAGAGGGUAUGAAUCUUGAUAUGGGAGCUGCCGACAAGAGCAUGGGUAUACAUUCGGGGCCAAGCGCAGAUUCCUCCGGCCUCUUAGAUAUGGGACACCUUAGUGGCGACCUCUCAACAAAUUCACAUCAAAUGUACCUUUCAAUGAUUGAAUCCGGUUCAUCCAGCUUCUCAUUACCUACACAACCGCCUGUCGAUCUCGACUAUUUCACAGAUUUUGAUUUUUCGGAACCUGAACUGCUCCGGGCAUUUGAGAUCCCCACUCCGGACAGCCUCCCGCCGUCCAGCCAUGACAACAACACGUUACCGCUCGACCCAGCCCUACAGCCACAACCUCAAACGCCUAUGUAUGGACAUAGCUGCUUGAACUCGGCGAAACAGCUCCAAAAGUCAAUACUCGCGAUGUCGACUAGAAAUGAAAUGAUGCAGAGCGACCUGAGCGCACUAGGCUGCGGGCCAUCGAUAACAACUAUCGACCAGGCAUUGCUCAUGUGUUCAAAUGCUAGUCAGCGAGUCAUAGAGAUACUGAAGUGUCAAUGCAAAGCAGACGCACACUUGCCCUUCUUGAUCACUGUACUCAUUUCCAAGAUCCUGGCAACGUAUGGGGCAAUCGCCAAGGCGGACGAUUCAACGCCAUUCAACAUUGGCACCCCACCAAGAACCCAGCAAGAGCAUGAGCUCGAACAACAGCAACAACAACAGCAGCAGCAGCAGCAGCAGCAGCAGCAACAACUAGAUGAUGCAUUUGCUGCCGUCCCGCUUCGACUUGGUUCGUAUGACGUGGAUAGGGCAUUAGAAGAGACACUGAGAGCGCACAUUGUUCUACAUGAGCUGCUGAAACUCAAGGGCAUGGUCCAGCUAUUUGCCGAGAAGUAUUGUCACCCCGGUGCGGGCAAGAACCCGAGCGAAGGCGGUCCGAUCUACUCGGCGCUUGGCCAGUUCGUUGAAGAUCGCUAUGCGGCAACAAUGGCGGCAUGCGAGCAACGAAGCUCAGGGCCAGGCCUCAGACCCGGGGAGAUGGAGCUGGGUUAGAGCAGACAGGGUAAAAACAGUCUGGGCGCUGAAGCGAGGUCUUGGACGAUUGGAUUUUACCUUGGCGAUCAAUUAUGCUUGAUGUAUAUGAGAUGAAUGUCCUUAGA